AUGCCCAUGCGUGUGCUGGGUGUUCGCAAGGCUGCUGUUCUGGCUGAGGAGCCCGAGGCAGAAUGGAUGGUACUUCGCAUGGAGGCUCGGAACGUGGCAGUACUCCCGGUACUUCGCCGCCCGGGUGGCUUGCUACUGGCGGCGGCAGGGCACGCUUUCACUGCGGUCGAGAUCGAGGCCAAGAAGCUGGAGGGUGUGACAGAGGACCUGGGGUUGGUGGGCCAGGUGGAAGUGCAGGGAACGUUGGCCGACGGCUCUAUGGCCGAGACUCCUUUGUUGCUGUUCGACUGGCCGGCAGCAUUGUACAAGUUUUUGCGGGUCGUCACCGGCGACUCUUGGCCACCCAACCUGGUGAGACCACGGCAUGGGGAGAGCACCGACCUCACGCUGGACAUGAACAGCCUCACCGAGACAGCUCGCAAUUGGGUCGAAGAUGGGGAGAUGUCCGUUUCCGAGGCCUAUUUGACGGUGCUGGAGGCUCCGCCUCAACUGGAUCCUGUACAUGGGCCGCGCCCUCAGGAGGCAGGUCUUUCGGCCGAUCUGGUGUCUCAACUGCUAGACAGGAUGGAGCAGACAGCGGCAGCAGUUGCGGGAAUCAAAGACGACCUGGAGAAUGUCAAGCAGGCCGCAUCUUCCUCGCAGCAGUUGCCGAAGGCUACUGGACCAGCCUUGGCACGUGCCGACAUCGAGGAUGCCGAGGAGGACACCGGCGAAAUGGGCACCGACGAGCUCAUGCGGCUGGCCUUGGUGAAUCUGUUGAGCAAGGAGACCAAGGGCAAGAAGAAGAGCGCGAGGCUAGGAUUGCCCCUGGCCCAGUCUUCCGAAUCCGAGGAGGAGGAUCCACUCAGGAGGUUGUCGGGCGCAAAGGGAACCAUGUUGGUGGAGAGAUUGCGUGUGGCAAUGGAAGCCGACCCUGCUGCGUACGCGAAUGCCAUCGAGAACUUAGCUGCACAAGUGCUGGGCGAGGCGACUCCCAAUCCGAUGACCCUGGAGCGCUACGUGCGCGAGGAGCUCCCGAUGGGCAACGAACGCAGCCUGGGCUUCGCAGCUUGGAUUAUGGUGCGCGCGGUGACGCGCAUGAAGGCUGGCCAAUGGGAAAAGGGGAGGCUGGUGCUCACGUUGGGGUUGGCCGCCGUCGAACAAUAUCGCCUGGACGGCAACUGGACAACGGCUUGGCGCCUUACGCAGUUGAGCCAACCUCCAUUUUCCGAGUGGAGAUCCCGAGAACCUUACAUGAGCCAGCUGCGCGUCGAUCAUGCGCACAGCAGGUUGGUGCAUCCUACGUGGGCCGCUGCGGUGAUCGCACGACUCAAAGACGAAGAGGUCUUGGUGAAGCGACGACGCAGACCAGACGGAGGUUUGCGCGGGCCCCUUUCCGAGGAGCAGGCAGUCAUGAUUGCAGGCACACGGGAAAGGAUGUGCUCGAUGUGCCGCUUGAUCGGGGACAUUUCGGUCGAGUGCGGCACUAAAAUUCAGGGUGUUAAUGAGGAGUUGAGUGGUUUAGAGUGUGAGGUUGAAUCGUUGGCGGAGUUGGUGUAUGGUGGUGCUAGGGUGAAUGGACCUGUUCAGGGCAGUGCCGCAUCUUCGCAAGUUGUCCCCGCGAUAGCUUCUCAAGUGGCAUUUCCUGACAAACUGCGUGGCUUUGAUCCCGGCCCGUACCUUAACACUGCCUUUCGCCAAGCCUUUGAAUGUCCCAACUCAUUGCUUAUGGAGCAGGGAGCGGGGUCAGAGCCAAUGCCUAUAACCUCGAGCCACACGGAGUUGUGGCAUCUGAUGUGGAGGUGGGAUAAAGAAGGACGGCUGUGUUUGGCGUUGGAGGAGGAAUGUGAUCCGCGUCACGUGUGCAAUUUGUUUUGCCUUCAAAAGCCUGACGGGGAACUUCGCCAGAUCAUAGACCGUCGGCCGCGCAACGCAGCCGAGCGGGGGCCACCGGCUGAUGCUCCCAAGAUGGGCCACCCGAGCUCUUUUCUGGGUUUGGUGGUUCCGGUUGAGGGUUGCCUUAGAGGGUGCAUGGAUGAUCUUCGGAAUUUUUAUCAUGAGUUUUCGGUGCCCUUGGAAAGAGCUUUGAGUGCAGCCGUGGGCCCGCUCUGGCGCGCUCGGGAUUUUCAGGGGUCGGAGGCCCUUAGAGAACUCCAGCGUAGGAGCAACCUUGUGCAUCCAGCUCUGUGGGCCGUGAUCUCGAGGCUUCAGCUGCUGCUGAGAGGGCUUACGCCUGGGGAGCUCAAUUCGAGGGGGAUCGAGCCCUACUCGCCAUUGAUCGAACUCGGCUUGCGGCUUUGGAAGGCCAUCACGGAGAGGUUGCUUCAGAAACUCCUAGGCAUGAAUCAGCUAGAGUAUGCCACGCUCGUAGGAGACCUUGUCUCUGCCCAAGACACGGUGGAUGGAGCUUCUGAUACUCCACGGUCGUGGGGUCGCUGGCUGCUUCUCGCACAGGCGGCUCGUUUUACUGCUAUGGGUGGUCGGGUGACACCUGCCACCGCGCAGGUAAGGAGCCAUCUGCUGGAGAAGUUUGCGCAGUGGUGGCAGGCAGAAGGGGUGUCGGAGAUGCCCUACGAGAUGCUGGCCAGGAAGGACCCAAUACAGUUCUCACUGCACGUGGAAGAAUACAGACGGGUCUUGUACGAACAAGGCGAGACUCGACGCAACUUCGCGGAGACCGUGAAUGUCAUGAACCAGAGGCACCCGUUCCUCAAAAACUUCAUGGCCGGGCCCUGGGGAUUGCUGACGACGUGGGAGCUUUUGAAUCCUGGAAAAGUGCAUCCGCCCGUGCCGGCGCCACUUCUCAAGGCAAUGGUCACGACAGCUUUAGCAUGGCAGUGGAUGCGAUUCGCUUUAAUGAUCUUGCUCGGCUACUUCGGUAUGUUGAGGCCUUGCGAGAUGUUGGGCCUGCGAGUCGAGGACUGCAUACUCGCAGUGGACAGCGGCUGCGAACAAGUAGUCUUCCUGCGACUGGAGCUGGUGAAAACACGAACCAGAGGCGCUCGGCGCCAGAGUGUGCGGCUCGAGGAGCCGUGUGCUGUACAGUUCCUGCAGAAGUGCCUAAAGGUUAUGGCACCUGGCGAGAAGCUCUGGCCCUACUCAGCCAACCUGUUUCGAGUACGUCUCCGACAGGUGCUGCAGGCCUCGACUGGGCAAAGUGACCUUUGCGUGCCCAGCUCGCUGCGAGCCGGUGGUGCCACUUACUACUUCCGUCUGUGGAACGAAGAUCUUCUUCGCCUGCAAUGGCGAGGUGGCGGGGAGGCGGCGGUCGAGGACAAAAAGGCUGCCACGUUGGACUCCAUUAAAGCAUGCAGACAUGCUUGA